CAUGGAGCCCGGGUGCCCUGAGUUGCUGGAGCCACCAGAAGAUAUCUUCUCAACAGGAUCCUUCCUGGAGCUGGGACUCAACUGUCCUCCCUCAAAGGUUCUGAUGGCUAGGCUUCAAGAGCAGGGCCUAGGAGGCUUCAGUUCCCUCAAGGAAAGAGGUCUGGGCCUUCAGAAGAGCGAACCUGACGAUUUCCUGAACCUCUUCAUUGAUCCCAAUAUGGUAUACUGCUCAGAAACAUCUCCUGGUAGUGACAGUGGUGUCUCUGAAGAACCUAACUGCCCUGCCCCACAGGCACCCGGUUCCCCUGCCCUCUAUGAGGUUGUCUAUGAGGCAGGGGCCUUGCAGCACACUCAGCAGGAAGCAGGGCCAACCUUUGGACUCAUCUCCAUCCAGAUAGAUCAGUGGAGUCCUGCAUUUAUGGUGCCUGGUACCUGUACAGUCAGCGGGCUGUCCUCAGAUGCUCAUAGACACAUCCUGCCAAGAACCAGCACCACAGCCCCAGCACCUCCUGCUGCCCUGCUGCCCUGCCAGCGCCUGUUCCUGACAGAUGAAGAGAAGCAUCUGCUGGGGCAAGAAGGGGUUACUCUGCCCUCUCACCUGCCCCUCACUAAGGCAGAGGAGCGAGUACUCAAGAAGGUCAGGAGGAAAAUCCGCAACAAGCAGUCAGCUCAGGACAGCCGGCGGCGGAAGAAAGAAUACAUAGAUGGGCUGGAGAGCAGAGUGGCAGCCUGUUCUUCACAGAAUCAGGAACUACAGAGAAAAGUCCAGGAGCUCGAGAGGCAGAACACCUCCUUGGUUGCACAGGUCCUCCAGUUACAGAAGCUCACUGCUCAGACCUCCAGCAGAGCUGCCCAGACCAGUACCUGUGUUCUGAUUCUUCUGUUUUCGCUGGCUCUCAUCAUCCUGCCCAGCUUCAGCCCCUUUCAGGGUCAACCAGAAGCUAGGCCUAAGGCUUAUCAGCCUCAUGGAGUGAUUUCCAGAAAUAUCCUGACUCAUAAGGACAUGACAGAAAGCCCAGAGAUCCCAGCAGUAAAGUCCCAACUGGAGGCACUACCUGAAGUCCCAACUGCAAAUGACUCAACAAAGACACAGUUAAAGCUGGUUAUGAAGGCUAGACCCACUGGGCAGAGCAGGGGAAUGUUGCAUGCAGAUGAGAUGUAAGCACACUUUCCAAUUACAGAAGAAUCCACAUUGUUUCAUUUGCAAUUCCUAUUUAGGUGUCCACAUCCUUGGAAUUCUAACUCAGGAUACUCUAGAUUUCUGUCCAUAAAGGCCGAAUUUGCUUAUACUGCAGGGCACCUCAAAUACUUCUGUCCUGUAUUUGUGAUUUUCUUCUUUGGGGAUAGGAUCAAAGCAAGUUUUGACUCAGAAAUAAACUUUCUAGCUAAAAUUCUAUCCCAGAAAAUUUUGUUGCUUCAGACAAAUUCUUACUAUAGAGCCUAAGCUGGCC